ACCCCGUGUGUAGUGUGAAGCUGCGCGUGGUGUAUCAUCCUUCCCAAUUGUACAUGAAGUGUGUGUGUGUAGUGUGAAAAAAGAUUUGCGUGCUGUUUGAGUUAAGUGUGAUUAGAUAUUUUCCAGGAGAAAAGUAACCGAAGGGAAACAAAAAAUUAUAGAAAAUGAACCCAUCAUGAAGCGUGGUAGAACGGAAGAGAUACAAUUUGGGCAACCGCGGGUUCAGCCACCGACGGGUCAGCAACGUAUUAUCACGACCACGCAACCGCAUAAUGUGGCCAGCAGUACUGGCACGACCAUACAGUAUCAGAUCCCGCCGAAUGUUAUCAAGACGUCUACACCGCCCGAAUCGGUCAAUUCAGUGACGAAUCUGAGCAGCCAACAGCAGCAAGCGACACAGCUUGUAGUGCCACCACAACAAGCUACUAGUGUUCAAUACACGACUUCUUAUAAUACGACGCUUGGAGCCAAUUUGGUAAAAACUCAGCAGACGACAAAUCCACAACAGCAACAAAUACACGUAGUUAACGCGUCCAAUCAAGUGCGCGGUCCAAGCCACAAGAACGCGGUAGUAAAUGCUUCUGCAGUCGCGACGAACGCCGCGGCUACGCCAAACAAUAACAUUUCAGUAAGUAGCGGGCCGGGUACGACCGGUGUUACCGGAGGUGUGCAGCAGGUGAUCACAACCAGCAUGUCGCCAGGAGUCCUACCGGGUGCUGGGAGUGCGGCGCAAGGCCCACCGCCUCCUCCACCUCAAGGCCAAGCGCAACUCCAGCGGCUAAAGGUCGAGGAUGCGCUCAGCUAUCUCGAUCAGGUGAAGUACCGCUUCGGCAACCAGCCCCAAGUGUACAACGAUUUCCUUGACAUCAUGAAAGAGUUCAAAUCUCAAAGCAUCGACACGCCGGGCGUUAUACAGCGCGUGUCCAACCUAUUCCGUGGCCACCCGGAACUAAUCGUCGGGUUUAACACGUUCCUGCCACCCGGGUACAAAAUCGAGGUGCAAGCGAACGAUCAAGGUUGCUAUCUGUUCCAGGUGUCGGUGUCCGUACAACCGACGGCAUCGUCUGGUGCGUCGGUCGCACCGCAACCUUCACCGCACAAGUACAACACAAUCUUCCAGGGCGGCGGUCAAAUAGUGCAAUCGACCGGAAGCGGUGGGGGUGGAGCAGCGGGCGGUUCGAACGUAGUAACCGCUAGUACGGGAGGGAAUGCUGGCGGCGGGGGAACGACAACCGGUGCCGUAAAUCUCAUGGCUUAUGGCGGUGGUCAUGCAGCCACAGCAGCAGCAGCGCCUGGUGCGAGCGUUCCCGUGCACGGUGGAACGUCACUGCAACAACCGACAGGUGGUUCGGUUGGUGGUAACUCCAGUCCGGCCACUGCCCAGAAUGCCCAAUCUCUUACAACCACAACAACUACGGCGGGAGCAGGUGGUGCAGGAGGAGGGUCUGGUCCGCAAGUGGCACAAAACUUUUCCUCACGCGGUGAUCAUCAUCGGGAGCGUACGAUAUCGACCGGAUCAGCAGCAAGCAGUGCGAGUCUUCCUGCAGGCGUAACCGUAUCAUCGACAGCCGCGACAACGGUUGUGACCGCGGUGGACGCUUCAUCGGCUGGUGGAGCCGGUGCGACGGUCGUAACCGGGCAACAACCGUCACAAGCAACACAGUCCAAUAUACAUCGGAUUUUAACACAGCAGAUUAUAUCGCAACAACAAACAACCGGCCCGACUGGUAUUGGUGGAAUGGUCCCAAGCGGCAUGGUAUCCGCUCCGACCCAGGUACAACAUCAUCAACAAACGACCAUGCAGCAGGUGCAACCACCUCCGGAAGCGCAAACGGCAACCGUCACGACGACGGUUGUGCCAACGCCGACCGCAACGGCAAAUCAACCGGUCGAGUUCAAUCAUGCCAUUACGUAUGUAAACAAAAUCAAAAAUCGAUUCCACACGCAGCCAGAAAAGUACAAACGGUUCCUGGAGAUUCUUCACACCUACCAAAAGGAGCAGAAAACGUACAAAGAGGGCGCGCAGAGUGGUUGCUUAUCGAACGCGAAGCAGCUUACCGAGGCAGAAGUGUACACACAAGUGGCGCAACUGUUCGACAAUCAGGAAGAUUUGUUGCGCGAGUUCGGACAGUUUCUACCGGACGCGACAAGCCAUCAUAAUCAGGCAGCUAUGCAGCAGCACCAUAUGGCAUCGGGCAAAACGAACUCUCACAAUCUGGUGGUCAACGCUUCGAUGCAUGAUCAUCAACAUUCGCAACAGCAGCAGCUAGGUGGGGGAGGUGGCCCAACGACAACAGGAACGACCGCAAUCGUUGGUCUGGGUGGCGGUGCAGCCGUCCCGGUUGUGCAUGGUGGCAGUGGUAAAAAGCUGGGCAGUUCCAAUAUCGGAGGCGUUUCUGGUGGUGCAAGUCUCGCCAAUUUGAAGGUGUACAACAGUAUGCAACCCUCGAGUUUGGCCCGUUUGCAGCAGGAUCGAGAAUAUGCCGCAAUAGCAGCGGAUAGUGUGGGAAUGCAUGGUGCAGGUGUUGGAGUUGGUGGUAUUCCACCGGGCAGUGGUAUUCCCGUGGGUAGUGCCAUCCGAACCGCAGGCGGGAGCAUGAUCACUUCCGGCGGUGCAGUAAUGGUGGAGAAAGAUCGUAACCAUCACAUGGGAAGCGUAGGACCGGGAAGUGGUGGUGGAUCCCUCGGUGGUGGCGGUGGGCUGAACGCCAAAUAUAUCCACGGUGCAAGCCUGUCUGCACUGAAUCCGACUGGUGGAUUGGUAGGUGGUAAUGUACUUCAACCCGGUGGCCCUAAUGUUGUUUCUAACGUAAUGGCAAACUUAGUGCCUGUCAGUGUAGGAAGUGGUGGCGGUGGUGUGAAUGCCAUCAAACGAUCGCCCUCGUACGCGUCACAGAUUGGUUUUGUCGGGUCCGGUGGCCCGUCCGGUCAUGGUAACAACAUGAGCGCAGCGCGUGAUCGCGGCGACGGUACUGGACCACCGCCAAUUAAGCGACAUAAACCUAUCUGUCGCGAUGUUUCACUGGCCGAAGCGUCCAAGUAUGGUACACUGAACGAUUAUGCGUUCUUCGACAAGGUCCGGAAGGCACUACGCAGUCCGGACGUGUACGAAGAUUUCCUGCGCUGUCUAACGCUGUACAAUCAAGAGAUUGUGUCAAAAUCGGAACUGCAGACACUGAUCACACCGUUCCUCAGUCGGUUUCCGGAUCUGUUAAAGUGGUUCCAGGACUUCCUCGGUCCAUCCACCGGAACAGGUGGCGGCGCUUCGAACGAAUGCAUACCACUGACGGCAGCAGCCGCGGCCGCUGCCCGUCAGGAUCGUGACCGAACGCAAAGCGAACUGGCCGCCGACGUGGACCUGUCCACGUGCAAACGUUUCGGUGCUAGCUACUGUGCGCUGCCCAAAUCGCACGAAGGUGUUAAGUGUUCCGGCAGGACGAGCCUGUGCCGGGAUGUGCUGAACGAUACGUGGGUAUCCUUCCCGACCUGGGCCGAAGAUUCAACGUUCGUUACGUCACGCAAGACACAGUACGAAGAGUUCAUCUACCGGUGCGAAGACGAGCGGUUCGAGCUGGACGUGGUGAUCGAAUCCAACAGCGCCACCAUCCGCGUGCUGGAAGGCGUGCAGAAAAAACUGACCCGUAUGUCACAAGACGAAGUCAGCCGGUUCCGGUUGGACGAUUGUCUCGGUGGAACGUCAUCGACGAUUCAUCAGCGAGCGCUUAGGCGAAUUUAUGGUGACAAAGCGGCUGACAUUAUACAAGGGUUGAAAAAGAAUCCCUCUGUGGCCGUGCCGGUCGUUUUGCGACGAAUGAAAGCCAAGGAGGAGGAAUGGCGAGAAGCACAAAAGAGUUUCAACAAGCAAUGGCGGGAGCAGAAUGAAAAAUACUAUCUAAAAUCAUUGGACCAUCAGGGUAUCAACUUCAAGCAAACGGACAUCAAAGCCCUCCGAUCGAAAAGUUUGUUCAAUGAAAUUGAGACACUUUUUGAUGAGGUGAGUUACAUGAAGCGCCAUGAACAGAACGACGAUUCGGCGACGGUACCACAGGCCAGUGGGCCCCACAUGACAAUACCGUACAAAGACAAGACAAUACUGGAGGAUGCAGCGAAUUUGCUCAUACACCACGUGAAGCGUCAGACGGGCAUUCAAAAGCAGGAGAAAGCCCGAAUAAAGCACAUAUUGCGACAGUUUGUGCCGGAUCUAUUUUUCGCUCCCAGGCAGCAGCUCAGUGAAGAUGAACGUGAAGAGGACGAUAAAGACACUGAAAUGGAGCAAGAUGAAGAAGUGAGCAGCGCGGGCAAAUCAUCUACCAGCGUUAAGAAAGCUUCAUUGACGGCUUCCAAUUUUUCUGGCAGUAAUACAAGCGGUAGUUUCAAUCCAUCCAGUAAUGCAUCCGCAGGAGGAGCUGCGUCUUCCGAUGUGUCAGCUACGGCCACAGUAGAGUCAGAAGGUGUGACUAAGGAUAGAGAAAGUAGCAAAGGUGGAGAUGAUGCAACCGCAGCAAAAGCGACUACCAUCGCAUCAACCUCCGCUGAGCUGCUACCACUAACACCAACUGUUUCCACAUCUACAGCGUUGUCCACAACGAGACACGGCUCCGAAAUCACCGGAGAUAAUAAUACUCCUAAAGCAGAUAGCAACGGUAACAGCAAGGCUGCGGAAGAUAGUACCACAGAUAAAUCGACGACAAUAAAGAUGGAAAUUAAGGAAGAAAACGAUGCAUCUGUAAUGCAGGAUGCUGGAGCUACUACGCCAGGUUCGGCAGCUGCUGGAACGUCAUCACCGCAGCAACAACCGUUGAGCCCACCAUUGCCUCCACACGCCGUGAGCAAACAUAUCGAAGAAGCAUACACGUUAUUUUUCACCAACAAUAGCUGGUACUUGUUCCUGAGGUUACAUGCGAUUCUAUGCGAACGGUUACGCACGAUUUACGAGCGUGCACAAAUAAUCGCCGCAGAGGAACGCGCAUACGAGAGUACACGCAACAACAGCACCGCUACCGCGUUGCGCUUGAAAACAAAAAGUGAAAUCCGCAUCGAGGAUUACUACAACACAUUUCUGGAGAUGUUGAAAAAUCUGCUGGACGGCAAUAUGGAGUCAAGCAGCUACGAGGACACGCUGCGCGAGAUGUUUGGCAUUCACGCUUACAUCGCAUUUACGCUCGAUAGGGUUGUACAAAAUGCGGUACGGCAGUUGCAACAUUGUGUUACCGAGCGAGGAGCACUGGAGUGUGUGGAAUUGUUCCAGGCCGAACAACGACGGGGAGGUGCUGGUGGUCUAUGCCGGACGGCUAACCGUCGAAUUGCCACCGAGCUUGCCUACCAACGGAAAGCAGAAACAGCACUACAAGAUGAAAAUUGUUUCAAAAUUUACAUUUACAAAAUCGAUUGUCGGGUAACAAUCGAGCUGCUGGAUACCGAAUCGGAUGAUACGGCUACUAAUUUCGCCAACACGCAAGCCUACGGCUCAUACGUGAAUCGUCUCUCAAACCCUGCUGCCACCGGUACCGGAAGUGAUAGUGGUGGCGGUGGAGGUGGCGGAGGUAGUGGUGGCGCAGUUAGUGGAAGUGGUGGUGUUGUAGGUGGAAGUGCUGUGCUUGGUAGUAGUGUUGUUGGUGGUGGUAGCAGUGGAGUUGCAGAAGCCGGUGCACCGUUGAGCUCGAACAUCAGCAGUAGUGUGAACAGUAGUAAUCUUAAUAACGCGCCCACCGGAUCCAACACUAGUAGCGGCAGCAGUAGUAACAAUACCGGCGGCAGCACAACAAAUGCCGAAGUCAAAACAGAAACUCCCGAAGAGGAGCUGAAAUUGCGACCACAGUCGGGCGCCGCACGUAUGCCAGUGUUUCUAUCCCGUAACGUGAAACAACGGCGAAAAAACACCAAACGUACGGUUUCGGUCACCAUCGAUGGGAAAUCGGUCACGAUGGGGCAGCUGCAAGCUAGCGACGUAGAGGAGGGCACCGUAGCAGCUGAUACUAUCUCAUCAACGGAGGACAAAAAUGCAUUGCCGCCCGUAUCUAACACAAUCACCGCGAGUGUGUUCCAAAGUACGGCUACCACCCCUAACUCGAAACCGCCACAACACGCUGCUGAUGCGGAAGUAGAUGCUAGCCGGAAAGAAAACGAUGCCCGUGAAACAUCCGGUGUCGGAAAAUUACAACACGAAAAUGAUAAUGUUGGUGCUGCUGCCGCUGGAAGUACGACGAUGGCGAAAGGAGAAUCUAAAUCGCCUUCCUCGACGAAGGAUAAUGGUGGAAGCACCACCAGUGGGGGUAACAAUAACAACAAUCCAAACAAUAUCAACAACAACAAUAGCAUUGGGAGCAAUCCUUCGCUGUGGUUUGGUAGUGGUAGCUUGAAGAAGCAAUCGCCAUCAGCAGUUCCAGCCGAUCGCCGCCUGUCGAACAUGAAUGGUGCGGAUCGCAAUCUGCUGUUUAUCGAUGAUAGUGAGCAGAUGAAAGUGGCACGCAACACGUACAAGACAUCCCAAGUGCAGAAGAAAAAUUUCAUCAUGUAUUGGCACGGAUCGCUAACACGUUCGAGAAAGAGUCACUGUCGAGUUACGACACGAAUGGAUCAGAGAUUUAAGAGCGUCGUUGAUCGGUGGCUAGACCAGCAUGUUACCGAUACCCAACGGGCAUCAUGCGUGGACUGGUUGCUCGGUAAGCGACAAGAUUUGGUAAAGAGUACCACCUCCGUUAUCGUUCAAGACAACGGGUUAAGCCGUACACCGUACGCACCAUACAAUAGAUAUAAGGUGAAUCAACUAAAACUAGACUAGCGUCAGAGGGUGAGCAAAGUGAUGGUGCUAUCCGGCGAAGGGAGUAACCGUUGUGGCAAUAAAUUAACCUUUUACUAUACAAAACCGAGCAACAAUGUUAGUGCAGGGGUGAUUUGAAUUGCCACCAGCGCACCUAUGUUGCCGCAUUAUUGUACAGUAAUUAAUUCUAUUUAAAAAGUCUCAAACUUGAAAAUGUGUACCUAUGAGUAUGACAAUGUGCCUCUUAAGUCAGAAGGUUAGUCGAUAGCGAAGGAAUGUAGCAGAUGCGACUAUUAGGGAUUAUUUAGUUUUAUUUAAUUUCUAUGUUAACUGUCUGUAAAUGUGUAUUGUUUUUUAUUUGUGUGGGUCCUCUUUCCACUCACUGUACCCCAACGUCGUGUUUGUGUACAGUUGUAGUGUUGGUCAUGCCUUUAAAAGGAUAGUGUUGUUGUGUUGGGGGAUAGUGAAACAGAGUUUGAACUCUCGUUUAGUUUAGGAACACUUGUUGAACUAAGACCCACACCCCCACACGUCGUCGUUUUCCGCAACCGUGAAAGCAAGAUCGCAAUUAAUAUGAAAUAGUGAAUAUCUAUUUCAUAUUUUAUUUGAUUCGUAAUAUUAGAUCUUAUUGUAAAGCAAAAUUGUAAAUAGCCAAUCGUUGUUUCUUCCUUAUCCAAUAGGAAAAGAAAGACAUGAACGUACGUUUACAAAGUGAUCAUUUUGAUCGUCCUUAGGCCACAACAGGUUGUUAAUGAUCGUAGUUUGGUGAAAAUUUUAUCAAUCUUUUUUCUGCGUCCAACAUUUUUCAAUGAAAAAGGAAUGCAAUUUAAUUUAAAAAUGAAAACUUUAUAUUUAGACAGUACCGAAGAAAGUGAAAAGUUCGAAAUCAUUCAACUGAAUGACCCAAUGGUGUGUGAAAUGGGAUUUUUACUUGCAAUUAACAUCAAGGUGAGGUGCAAACGAAGAUGUAUGAAAAUAAAUUUAAUUCCGCAGCUGGAGAAUUAAGUGCAGCACUGAA